AUGUCAAUUUUCGCCGGCGUCAAACUGCCAGCUGAACCUGACUUCGACAUCGAUCCUUGGCUGCAACUCAUCAAAGACAGACUGAUCCCUGCUCUCGCUACACCAGAGCAGCACGGCUCGGAGUACGAACGUAUUCUUGCCGAAGUCAACGACUUUCUCUACGACUGUAAUGAGUAUGAGCCCGAACUGGUUGAAGAGUGCCAGGAAAUCACGGCCUGUCUGUUUCAAAUUCUUGAUUACGGAGAUCACAUACCCGCUAAUUACGUCCAAGAGGCUUCCCGUUUGUUGGAGAAGCAUGAAGUGGAGCACCGUGACAUGGUAGAAAGGCAGCAGGAACAAGAUGAAGAAGAGGAGCAAGAGGAUGAGAGCAAUGAAGACAUCGAGCUGGCUACACCUGUCAUCGAUGAUAAAGGGGAGUGGUGCUAUCCCCCAGCUACUGAUGCUAUCUGGGGAGACUCAGGCCGUCUCCGUGGCCUAGCGUUGAGAAAAAGCAAGAAAGGCAAAUGGGUACCAGUUGUCGAUCAGAACUACAAGAACGAGCAGAGAAACGCCUUCAAGCAAGGUCACGACCACCUUGCUAUCACGCCCGGCGAUGUCUUUUUCUACCAAAUGCAGGCCUUCUUCCACGGCGGGCACGGCGAAACCCAGUCGAAUUUCGCCUUCCACGAGCAGAAAUCCAUGGUCGGCGUCGACGGAGUCUACUCGCUCAUCAUGUCCAACAGUGCGGAUUUCUGGACGUUCAACGAGGACGAGGGUUCUGUCAUCUGGUACAGUCCUGAAUACAAGAAACACAAAGCUAACGGCCAACCACUCGAUGUCUCAGUAACCCGGGCCGUAGCACUUGGCAAGACCCUUGAUAAGAAGGGAGUGAUCCGCAUCUUUCGAGCCUAUGGCUGCAGUGAGCAUUUUCCGGAUUCUGAGAACAGCAAGAAGUACAACGGCUUGCUUCGAUAUGAAGGUCUUUACUGCAUCAGUGAGAAGAGAGAGCAGACUAGGCAGAUCCCGUUGAAUUUAUCAACAAACGGACAAGGGCCUCAAAUUCGACAAGUUGACCACAAGUACUAUCAAUACCGCUUAGAGCGAAUGCCUGAUGCAAUGAACAAGAAUGUCUCCUUCGACCAAGUCAAGCAACACCCAACGCAAGAGGAGUUGAGAGACUUCAGAAAGGCCCGGAAGCGCGAGUUUCUGCAGAAAUAG